AGAGUGAGCGACCGCCAGUCCGCGGAACCCGGCCGCCGUCCGGGCGCGCGCAGCUAGCGGGUGCGACUAUGCCAAGAUGGUACUGCAGGCGCGGAGCAAGCACCGGGACGCGGCUCCCAGGCCGCCCCGGCCGGCCCGCGCGUCUCCGCCAUUGAGUGGGGCAUCCGAGGUGGGCGCUGGGGAGCCGGGGCCGGAGCGCGCGCCGCCGUCGCCGGGGCGCAGGGGCGCAGCGGGCAGGAAGGGGCCCCGCGCAGAGACCGCUGCGCCCGCCCCGGACGGCCUCGCGGGCCGCCUGGUGGCCGGGCUGCGCUGGGCGCUGGGCCUGCGGCGCGGGCGCGGCCGGACCUGGAGCACGCUGCUGCUAGCUUCCUUUGCAGCCCUAUUGCAUUGGAGCCACAUAACGCACCUCUUUGAAAAUGAUCGGCAUUUUUCUCACCUCUCAACACUGGAAAGGGAGAUGGCUUUCCGCACUGAAAUGGGGCUGUAUUAUUCUUACUUCAAGACUAUUGUGGAAGCGCCCUCAUUUUUGAAUGGAGUAUGGAUGAUAAUGAACGACAAGCUGACUGAAUACCCCUUGGUUAUUAACACAUUAAAAAGGUUCAAUCUUUACCCUGAGGUGAUCUUAGCCAGCUGGUACCGGAUUUAUACCAAAAUAAUGGAUUUAAUUGGCAUUCAAACCAAGAUAUGUUGGACAGUUACCCGAGGAGAGGGACUCAGUCCGAUUGAGAGCUGUGAGGGAUUGGGAGAUCCUGCUUGCUUUUAUGUUGCUGUAAUUUUUAUGUUGAAUGGACUAAUGAUGGCAUUAUUCUUCAUAUAUGGCACAUAUUUAAGUGGCAGCCGGCUGGGAGGCCUGGUCACAGUGCUGUGCUUCUUCUUCAAUCAUGGAGAGUGCACGCGUGUGAUGUGGACGCCCCCCCUCCGGGAAAGCUUCUCCUACCCGUUCCUUGUGCUUCAGAUGUUGCUUGUGACUCAUAUUCUCAGGACUACAAAAAUUUACAGAGGGAGUUUGGUUGCACUGUGCAUUUCCAAUGUAUUCUUCAUGCUUCCGUGGCAGUUCGCCCAGUUUGUGCUUCUUACUCAGAUUGCGUCGUUAUUUGCAGUAUAUGUUGUGGGAUACAUUGACACAUGUAAACUACGGAAGAUCAUUUAUACACACAUGAUUUCUCUUGUGCUUUGUUUUGUGCUGAUGUUUGGGAACUCGAUGCUGCUGACUUCAUACUAUGCAUCCUCGUUGGUAAUUAUUUGGGGCAUGCUGGCAAUGAAACCACAGUUCCUAAAGAUGAAUGUAUCUGAACUUAGUUUAUGGGCUAUCCAAGGAUGCUGUUGGCUGUUUGGAACUGUUGCGCUCAAGUGUUUGACUUCCAGAACUUUUGGCAUUGCAGAUGAUGCUCAUAUUGGCAACUUAUUAACAUCAAAAUUCUUCAGUUACAAGGAUUUUGAUACUUUACUGUAUACUUGUGCAGCAGAGUUUGACUUUAUGGAAAAGGAGACUCCGCUGAGAUACACGAAGACGCUGCUGCUUCCUGUUGUUGUUGUCAUCUUCGCCUCAGUGGUUAGAAAGAUUAUUAGUGAUGUAUGGGGUGCCAUAGCUAAACAACAGACACAUGUAAGAAAACACCAGUUUGAUCAUGGAGAGCUGGUUUACCAUGCUCUACAGCUGAUCGCGUACACAGCCCUUGGUGUUCUCAUCAUGCGACUGAAGCUCUUCCUGACCCCACACAUGUGUGUUAUGGCGUCCCUGAUCUGCUCCAGACAGCUGUUUGGAUGGCUCUUCGGCAAAGUGCAUCCUGGCACUGUUGUUUUCGCCGUAUUAGCAGUAAUGUCUAUUCAAGGUUCAGCAAACCUACAAACCCAGUGGAACAUUGUCGGGGAGUUCAGCAAUUUACCACAAGAAGAGCUCAUAGAAUGGAUCCGAUACAGCACAAAACCAGAUGCAGUGUUUGCAGGCGCCAUGCCCACCAUGGCAAGUGUGAAGCUCUCUGCCCUCCGGCCUGUGGUGAACCACCCACAUUAUGAAGAUGCAGGUCUGAGAGCCAGAACAAAAAUAGUAUAUUCCAUGUAUAGCCGAAAAGCAGCUGAAGAAGUGAAGAAGGAAUUGAUGAAAUUAAAAGUGAAUUACUACAUUCUAGAAGAGUCCUGGUGUAUAAGAAGAUCCAAGCCCGGGUGCAGCAUGCCUGAAAUCUGGGAUGUGGAGGAUCCAGCCAAUGCCGGGAAAACACCCCUGUGCAACAUCCUGGUGAAGGACUCCAAGCCACAUUUCACCACAGUGUUCCAGAACAGUGUUUACAAAGUCCUAGAAGUCAUCAAGGAGUGACUGCUGCAUGCACCGCCCUCAGAGACCGCAUCAGUAAUGGCUUUACUGCUUUGCCACUAAGUCGUGUAACAUUUUAACUCAGAUUGUAAAACCUUUUUUAAAAAUCUUUUAAAGUAACUGUUUUCAAAUGGAAAACAUUUUAUUUGGUCAAUUUGUCAUUCUGAUUGUAAAAAUGACUUACACCAGAUCAAUUAGUUACUGUUUCAGUGCACCUGUUAAAAUUUGCUAUGCAAAUGAGUAUAUGCUUGUACAUCAUUUAAAUAUUUGUGUUACAGUGAACAAAGCCACCUGGGUAGAAAAACAUCAUGGGUCAUGACAAAGAUGAUAUGAAAACAGUCACUUCUGAACUGCUUAGGGGCUGCUUUUGAGCACAGAGCCUUUCAACACCCUU